GAAGUGUGAAAGACAGAGUGACAGAAAAAGAGAGAGAGAGCGAGAGAGAAAAGAAAGAUCUUGUAUUUGUCUCUUUAUCUAUAGAGAAGACAUGAACCCUGCCGGGUUUACCGGGGUUGCCAGUGGAGGAGGGAGCAAGGAAGUGACUGGUUUAAAGCGAACAGGUAGUCUACACUCUACCGCUAGUAUUUCAAGCCUUCAGGCCAGCAAAAGCAGCAGUAUGGAGAGCCUGGAGAGCUCCAUGUCUACUAAUGAAGGUCCCCCUGAUGGUGAAAGUGUUCGUUUGGCGACGGUCCUGCAAGAGAAUGCAGUCCUCAAGUCAGAGAUGGAGAUGCUUAAGUUAAAGUGCAAGAACCUAACGGAAGAGAACAAACGGCUGAGGCAGGCCUCGGUCAACAUACAAGCACAGGCAGAGGCUGAAGAGGAGUAUAUCAGUAAUACUUUACUAAAAAAGAUUCAUUCAUUAAAGAAAGAGAAAGAAGCUUUGGCCAUGAAUUAUGAACAAGAAGAAGAGUUUCUUACAAAUGAUCUUUCAAGGAAGCUAGCACAGUUGCGUCAAGAGAAGGUGCAGCUGGAACAAACGUUGGAACAGGAACAGGAGCAGCAUGUGAGUAAACUGAUGAAGAAGAUUGACAGACUAGAAAAGGAGACAGUUGGAAAGCAGGCAACACUAGAGCAGCUCCGUCGAGAGAAGAUAGAUCUAGAGAAUACUCUGGAACAAGAGCAGGAGAUGUUAGUGAAUAAGCUUUGGAAGAGAAUGGAGAAGGUUGAGUCUGAGAAGAGAGAGCUGGAGACAAGACUAGGGACCACCCCUCCCCCCUCUCCUAACGAUCGGUCCAAUCCAGCUGUACUCAACUCUCGUAUUAUGGAACUGUCAGCUGAAGUUGAUAGACUUAAACGACUUUUGGCAUCCACUGAAGCACAAAACAAGGAGAAGAUCAGGGCAGUUGUUGUUGAAGAGAAAGCUCUGAGAGAAGAGAACGUUAGGCUCCAGCGUCGUCUGGUGAGGGAGGUGGAGAGGAGAGAGGCCAUAUCUCGUCACCUCUCGGAGAGUGAGAGUUCCCUUGAAAUGGAGGACGAGAGAAUGUUCAACGAGAGAUACAGACACACCUCCAGCCCCACCCCUUACUCCCCAUCACCAACAAGACGAUCACUCUCCCCAGCCUCAUUUCAUGGUGGUAUGACAGGACCAGCUGCCCCGGGGACUCCAGCUGUGUUUGCUGUUCCCUCGCCAGCUCACAGCAGGACCUCCUCACUAGGCUCCAAUCCACAACUGCACACUACACCAGCCACAGCGUCUCAACCACCCACCACUCAACAACAGAGUAGACUCAGAACCAACAGUGGUGGUUCCUCUUCAUCAGCUAAAGGUCGGGAGAGACCAACCACACGAUGAUAGAACAGCUAAAGUCCCUUCUCUCUCUCUCUCUCAUUGUCCUUUAAUCUAUUCUAUGAUUUGAGUUGAUUGAUUGUGUACAUACUUAUAAUGACAAAAUAAUAAUAGACACUUCCAUUUAUUGUUAUUAUUAUUAUCGUGUUGUCGUUAUUAUUAUUUCAUUUUGUCCCCAUUAUUCUCUCUCUCGCACACACACACAUUAUUGCUUUAUGUAUAAUAAUUGAUGAAUAAUUGUUGUGUUAUAAUAGUUGUAUCUUAA